UUAACGGCCUGUUAACUGCUUCGUUUCUUGUGGUUGCGUUCAAGUGAAGACAUAACUGCACCUCUGAAGCACUGGUGUAUGGUGGAUUGUGAACAGAAUAUGCUGACCGAAUGAAAAGACAAAAUAUUUCAUGAAUAAAGGAAACCCCCCUGACAUACUAUAUUACAUCAGUCCAUGAAAAGCGAUGUAAAUACCAUACUGUAAGUGUGUGUGGAAGAGAGAAGGGGAGAGAGACGGAGUGACAGCACGUACACACAGGUCGGCCACACCCCCAGCUGAUCCAACACCCGCCUCCGUCACCUCCUCUCCCGUGCGGUGCACAGCCCGCCUUGGGAUCCUGCGACAGCACCGCCGCCGGGCACUUGGGGAUAACUCCACUAAGAAAAAAAAAACUUCGACGAGAAACAGCAACAAGAAGCCUACAUGAGUGACUACAUCAAGAGUGAAGGUGCUGACGAGACACGCCCGACAAGUCGCUGAUCGGAGCACCCUCACGCCCACGCCGAAUCCACUCCCACGCCUCAGAAUUCAAUAGCAGAGUGCCAGCACCUCCGCCACCAUGACCGAGGUGAUCCAGGGAGGGGUGGAGUACCCCGCCACGCCGCACUUCCAGCCCCCGCCCGAGCUGCCGCCAGAGUUCCCCGACGACGGUCCCUCGACGCUGCUGCCAUGCACCAUCUGCAACCGGACCUUCAACCCGCAGGCCCUCGACCGCCACAGGAGGGUGUGCGAGAAGCUGUCCACCAAGAAGCGCAAAACUUUUGACUCGACGAAGCAACGCGUAGAAGGCCUGGACGUCUCGCCGACCUCCGUGGGCCGAGGGAAAGCCGACAGCAAGAGCAGCCAGCCGCCCAAGAACAAGUCCAAGUGGCGAGAGAAACACCAGGAGUUCCUGAGGGCCAUCCGCGCCGCCAGAGGAGCGCCGAACGACGGCGAGAACGGCCCCGGAGCCCCCGUGUCCACGAUCCCGUCCGACUACGUCCGCUGCCCGCACUGCGAGCGGCACUUCGGCCCCAAGUCCGCCGACCGCCACAUCAGCUGGUGCCGCGAGCAGAGCACGAGGCUGCCCCGCUCGCCGGCCAACAACGAAGCCGUGGAGCGCCUCAAGAACCGCACGAAGUACGUGCCCCCGAAGCCUGGGCAGAACGGAUGGCGAGCACCGAAGAAAAGCGAUGUCAUAUCGUCCAUCCCUCCUCCCAGCUCUGGCCCAACGCCCACGCCCUUGCCUCUGGGCAUGAGAGAGCUGAGUCCACCCCUCAGCGGCCGGCAGACAAGUCCAACGAGAUCCCUGGGGCGACAUACCAGUCCGCCCAUACCUUCAGGUCGACACAUGAGCCCCCCGCCCAUGCAGCACUCCUCCCGCCGGACCUCCACCUCCUCCGUGUCCUCCUUAGGGCGCUCGGGAUCCAUGUCUCUUGGACGCUCCGCCGGCAAGCAGUUUUCAGCUCUCCUUAAGUCAGUGACGGGGUGCAGCUCAGGAUAUGGGUCUUCCUCGGGAUACGGCCAGUCGUCAGGCUACGGCCAGUCCUCACGCUAUGGCCAGUCUUCGGGCUACGGCCAGUCCUCCGGGUAUGGCCAGUCUUCCGGCUACGGCAUGUCCUCAGGCUACGGACAAUCCUCAGGCUACGGACAGUCUUCGGGCUACGGACAGUCGUCGGGCUACGGACAGUCCAGCGGCGGAUACGGCCUGUCGCGAAUGCAGGUCGGCAGGUCGUCCUUCUCUGGCGGCAACCCGUCGCUCGUCCGCCAGGGCUCGCUGAGGUCUUCCCUGCGUCGCACGGCCGGGAGCAGCACCAUGGCCCGCCACCGCGACCUCGCCUCCGACAUGAUGGCCAGUGUGUGUAUCAGCGGCAAUCCGAAACGCGGCGAACCGGAGGGCGACGAAGCCGACGAGACGCCGCCAUCUUGUUCCUUUUUGAGAGAGGAUAAUUAUAAAAAACCCGAGGAAACCCCCUAUGACCCCUUCUCGGCAGCAGAACUGCAGAUGCAAGCGCUGAUGGGGCCCGCCACCUCGUCCCCGUCCCCCUCCAAGAAGAGCUCUGGCCUCGGGGCGAUGGGGCUCGGGAUGGGGGUGUCCCUGGCGGACUCCGUCAGGACGGAGGGCACUGGGAGGGAGUCGCCUGACUUUGAGUUCAGCCUCGGUCUCUUCGAGGACGAGAAGGAGGGUCGCCUUUCUAGGGAGAAAUCUCCGGAACAUGGGUUGUUGAGUUCAAGUGUAGGAAAUGGGUAUUCGUCCGUGAGCAAUGGGUUGUCUGGGCGAGAUUAUUUACCCAAAGGGAUUGGUUCACCCUCUCCGAGGAGGGCUAAUGAGGGCAGAUGGUCUUGGGAGAAUUCAAGUAACGCGUCUCCAGAGCGAACAUCGCUUGGGCUUACAUCUUCAUUGUUCAGGAAACCAUCGUGGUCAUCAUCACCCAGGGAAACCUUAGCUGACACCCCGACACGUGAAUCACCUUCAUGGUCUUCACUCAUGCAGAAGUCUGCCACGAAAGACGGUCACAAUUGGUCAUCAUCCACACGGGAAUCGCCCUCCCGAGACACACGCAGUUGGUCCUCGCCUGCUAGGGAUAGUAACCAUCAGGAUAGUCAGUCGUAUGGUAGUCACAGAUGGUCAUCGCCUUCUCGUAGCAGUCCUUCGAGAGAUGACGCAAAUCUGGAUAGUAAGUCACUUAAUAAUCAUAGAUUGUCUUCGCCAUCUCGCAGUAGCCCAUUAAGGGAAAAUAGUAAUCAAGACAAUCAUUCAAAUAGUCAUAGAUGGUCGUCUCUCAGUCCGGCAAGGGACACUUUGGAUCAAGACACACAGUCCCUUGGUAGUAAUAGGUGGUCGUCCCCUUCCCGAAGUAGCCCCACAAGGACGACCAGUGCGUUAGACUCCAGCCAGAGGGCGUCAACUGCACGUGAUGUAGAGGGCUCAUCUUCCCAUGGUAGUUAUAAUCGGUCUCCAUCUCGGGACAGCAAUAAUACAACAUCGUUAUCCACGCUUGAUGUAGACAGAUGGUCCUCCCCAACCCGAGACACCCCCACCCCCGCCACCCACUCAUCCCCCAGGACAACGGUCAAGAGAUGGAGAGACACAGGGAACAGCGAAACGUCUUCGGGCUGGAGUGCGGAUGCCUCCAGCGGCCUGGGGACCCACAGCAGCACAUACAAUCGGUACUUGAGCGGCUCCUCCACGAGCUCGUCGGCCAAUCCAAGGGGGCUCUUAUCAUCAAUGGAUUCGGCUGGGCUCUCUGGCCGAGCCUCUUAUAGUGACAGCAUAAGCAAGUCUUCAGGUUUUGAGACUUAUAGAGCAAAUAGUACUUCCAAUGACUGCAGUCCAGACCCUGAUAAGAAAUCAUUUGAUAGCGAGAACGAUGCCCAGAUGCGGGUGUCGAGUGGGUCUUCGUCGGAUUCCUCCUUGCCGCCGCUGUCGUCCCCGUCCAGCUCCGCGUCCCCGGCUGGCAUGGGCAAGGCAGACAGUGCGUCGUCGUCCAUGGGAAUGCCAAGGUUCUGCCACGAGUGCGGCCACAAGUAUCCGGUCCUCAUGGCGAAGUUCUGCUGCCAGUGCGGAUCUAGGCGAAUUAGUGGGGACAAGUAACAGGGAUUGAGACAUCAACAUAUACAUCAAAUAUCAUGAUGUUCAUUCGUCAUUCAUAACUUCCAUUUGUCAUAUUCCAUGCAGUUUACAUGUUGUCAUACACGAAAACAGCAUUUUCCCAUCCAUUGUGUUAUUUCAGCUCAAAGUGCAGGUAAUAUAAUAUCAAAAUGAGUUUGGUUGCUGCAAACAGUUAUUGUAACCUAAAAGUCUACUUGCAAUCGCGAUAUACAAGUGGUUUUACACUGUCAUUCUCUAAGUACUUUGCUUUGCUAAGUUAUUUCCAUUAAAUGCCCAAAUUAGAUCAUUCAUCUUCAUUUCAUAAGAAAUAUUCAUGACAUAUGGUUGUCUGUGUGGGAUCUAUCACUUUCGUCAUAAAGGAAAAUGUAUGAAUAUAAGUAUCUGAACUUUUAAUUUUUCCAUUACUAAUACGUUUUUGUAUAAAAAGCAGGUGACAUUAAGUUCUUUUUUGGCCUAACAUUUAUCAUCAAUAACCAUGUAUAAGAUAAGUAAACUUCGAAAUAAAUAAAACUUGAUUUUGAUACGUUCAUGCCAUUAUGCUUUAAGAAAAGCUUUUGGUAGUUCUAAGAAGCUAGCUUCUGCUGCACUGCCGUCUGUAGUUCAGGUCAUAUUGGUUAAGAAAAAUAUUGAAGGAAUUAUUGCAGACUAAAACCUCUGGCUUGUCUGUAGUCAGUAGAGCUAAGACACUCAAUUAUAAUAACACUGUUAUUAUAUAAUAUGUAUGGUAAACCAGAUCCCUCUAUUUGUUUAUGCAGUAAUAUAUAUAUAAUUGCAGGUCGUGCACACACACACACACACACACACACACACACACACACACACACACACACACACACACACACACACACACACACACACACACACACACACACACACACACACACACACACACACACACACACACACACACACACACACACACACACAGGUAUCUAUAUAAAAGGUUAUGAAAUAUUUCUUAGAUUUUUUUUGUCAUGAAUUCCAUGACAACAGCAUUAACUGAAAUAUUUUUCAUUAAUUUAUCAUACAAAAUCUCAAAAGCUCUAUCCUGCUGACAAGAGGAGGGUUUCUCUGCAGAAAUGACAGCCUUUGUUAUUAUUAUCAGCACGGUAAUCGGAAGAUUGUGCAAGUACAUUUUGAAAUGAUUGUUUUAGUAAAUAUCCGUGGAUAUUCGGAUACGUUGAGAUUUACGUCUUAAAAUGUCAGUGAUGGUCGUUGCAUAUUUUCUAUUAGUAUCUUAAUUUUGCAGUGCUUUUUUGAUAAAAGAAAUCAUGAAACAACCACCUGAGUCAAAUAAUCCAUUAUGGUGCUUUUAUCUCUUCUGUUUUUCGCGUAAACUAUUUGUUCAUUUGCUGCAUAUGGCAGAUGAACAUUUAUAUUUUAACCCAAAGAUAACAGUAUCACUGAGUUCUACUUUCUUUUUUCUCAUGAUGAGAUGCAGAUAACUGUAUCAUAUUGUACAGAAUUUUAUAUCUUUGAUCUGUCUAGCCAGCUCACAUAAUAUGCAUAUAUUACAUACUGGCUUGUAGUUCUUCCAGAUGUAUUGCAGGCUGUAGUACUGGGCAGUAUUCGUGCCUCUGCUAAUAAAACGUUUUUACGUAGAACUAAA